GUUUCACGUCGGAACUUUAGUCCUCAAUUGUCCACCGGUUUGUUUGGGAACACAUCUGUAGUUGCAAACGCUGCUGACGAGAAAUUCCUCGUUUUAUUCCCCGAAAAGAGGCCCUAUUCCAGAUCAGCAGAGAGGGCCUGGUACCCGCAGGAGCUGACUCUGAGGUCUCCCUCCUACAAGGUGGUGAUCAUGCGGUCUGGACGGCGUCUGUAACCCUUCUAUAACAGAUCUCAGUCCAUUCUUUGGAGUUUGUUAAAUACUAGGUUUCUGGGCCACGAUGGAGGCUUGUGACGUUCCUUCUGAUGUCCUCCUGCAGCGUCCCUGGCUUCCUGUGAGCAUCAGUGGCCGUAAUCUCCAUGCUAAGAGUUGGUUUGGAGACUCAGCAUACCACAUCCUGCUGACAGACAUGCACUGUGUAUGGGAGGAGAGGAUGGGCUCAGCAGCAAUCGAGAAAAGAGCACAGGAGCUGAACAGACGUCUGCGAGCCCCGGUCAAAGCGUUCUUCUCCCACCUGUGUGAAGUGAUUCAGCCCACUCUGACAGGAAGUGAUGGGCGACCCGAUGGCGAGGCCGUGAUUUCUCUGACACAACAGGAAGAUGGAAACAUUAGUAUGAGGCUGAAGAGCGAGCUGGCAGGGCUGCCCUUCUACUGGGAAUUUCACUGCGUCCCUGCACCUGUCACUGAUGUGUGUGUCCAGCUUGUACGCCCCCUGUUGGCGAUGAGCCACUUGCUGCAGCGACAGGUGGAUCAGCUGGGAGCUCUGCUGGUGAGAAAGGACGCAGAGAUCCAGGACUACAGAGAGAAUGGAGCCACACUCAGCAGAGAGCGACUGCAGACAAACCUUUUUGAAGAGCAAACCCACAGGGAGGACUUCAUAGCAAAGACUCUUCCUCUGCUGAAGCACGACACUCUGAGCUUUGACACUGACCUCCAACAACUGUACGCCACCAUCGUUGCCCACGGAAACACACGUAAACGCAGACUGUCAAGGGAACACUGUGUUGAGGAGGACCAGCCGCCUGAAGAGCCAGACCUCACCUUGAAUCAGGGUGGAUCAGUCAGGAGUGAACCAGAGGAGGCUAAAGAACAGAACGAGAAUGGGAAGCUGGAUGCAGCUGCAACCGAGAAGGUUGACAAACCCUCAGUUAAACAGUCUGUACCAGCCACAUCUGACCCUGCUGAGCGGCCGUCCAAACCAAAGAAGAAGAAAGUCGGCUUGUUCAGAUGAACCCGAGCAGUAGGAACAUACACACACGAAGAAUAAGAACUUCAUCUUGACUUUCAAUGAAAGAUAUUGAAACUGGUUCAUCUUAAAAACUAUUACCAUCUUUUUUAUUUUUUUAUUUUGAAAGUUUGAUUCUCUUGGGCUGCUUUUAAUUAUGUUGAGAUUUUAGAUUUUCAGUUUUACAGUUUUGUCAAUAAAGUCUGGAUUUUGGUGA